AUGAAAAUUGCUCAAAAAAUCCCAGCUGUUUGGUAUCAUCAUGAUGAAAGGAAAGUUAUUCCCAUAUCGCCUACAACAGUUGACACUUAUCCACAUCCACCCACUCAUGGACAACCUGUCAUAAUAUCCCCGGCGGUAAAUGGUGCCCCUUCAACGCCACCAGAAACACCUCCUGUUGGUUCACCAAAUCCAACACUCACACAAAAUUAUUCCGCUUAUUAUCGUCAACCAAGUGGACUUUGUGAUGACAUGAUGUUUCUUCCAGCAGCGAUUACACGUGGUGAACAGCCCUUGGAUCUGCGUCCAUUAAAUUAUGCGAUGAUGCAAGAAGGUGAGUGGGAUCGAAAAGAGUUUAUUCAAUCAUCGUUAAAUGGUCAAUCGCCAUUCGUAUCAACUGGUGGAAUCAGCAAUGGAUUGAACCCAAACAAUUCAGCAGCAUCUUAUGCCAUGCAAUACAAUCAUUUACAGCAUCUUGAAUCAUUGAAUGUCCAUCAACCGUCUUUGCAUAGUCAUCAUCAUCAUCAUCAUCAUGGUCCGACACCUGGACCAGUCAGUUGUCAUGGGCCUUCAAAUCGUCCACAUUCAGUGGGAUCAUCAGCAUCGACAUUGUCACCACGUCUGUCACAUCAUAAUAGUUCAAUGCAUCAUAUGAACAAUAAUCGUGGUGAAAGUACAAGCAGCAAUAGCAGUAACGCAAGCAGUUACAGUGGCCCGAUUUGCGGUCGUAAUGCUGAUGAUUUGAUAAAUGAUGACUUGUUGAUGACACUUACCGUUCGUGAAUUGAAUAAACGUUUGCAUGGAUGUCCAAGGGAAGAAGUUGUAAGAUUGAAACAGAAAAGACGAACAUUGAAAAACCGUGGAUACGCUCAAAAUUGUCGCAGCAAAAGACUUCAACAACGUCAUGACCUGGAAAUCACCAAUCGUAAUUUGCAUAACGAAUUGAAAAAGAUACAAAUGGAUUUAGUCCGCAUUUCACAGGAACGCGAUCAACUCAAGCAGCGAUUGAUGCAUCAAGCGAGUGGUGGAACUACAGCGCCAACACAAAAUAAUCCAACACGUAAUGGACAACAAGAUUUGCAUUCCGACGAGACAUAA